AGCUGUGUGUGACUGUAAACACAUCAAACCAAACAUGACACAGUUCGAUAACUCCGUCGACCUGGAGUCUUUUAUUAAAGGAGUGGAGGAGGAGUCGCAGACUAAAUUUAUCACGUUUUCUGUGGACCGCAACUACAACGACAAAGAUUGGCAACCUUUACCUGCAAACCGGGUCUACUGGCAGUGGGCUGGUGGUUCUGGGAUGCCAGCCAUUGAAUUCACCGGGAUCCCAUUUAUGUUUAUGGGGUUUAAAAGACUCGUCUGCCAUCGAGGCAAAGACCUCGCCGUGGCCCAGAAGCAGAAGUAUGCUGAAGAAAAGGCUAAAAAGAUGAUGUUGGAGCAGAGUUUUGGCAGCCAGAGAUUUCUUCGGCAAGCCACAAAAAAGGUGGGAUGUCCAGCAGCCAUAUCAAUCAGCAAGAUUGCAACAUUCCCUAAAUUCAAGGUGGAUGACAAUAAGGAGAGGAGUAGGAAGACGGCCUCCAAGAUGCUGAGAACAGCUUUGGAGAGAGAUCCAAUCGUAUGGAAAACAUGCUACGCUGUCACACAGCCAAGUGCGCAUUCUGGACAUUCAGUGGGAGAAAUGGCAAUAAAAGAAUCGUCACACAAUAGAAGACUCAAAAGGAAGAACCCACAGACCACAGACUGUGAUUUUCCUCCACGCAAACAUGCAAGAAAAACAGACCUGAGGAACAAAUGUGUCCACCUCACCAAACUAAUCCUGGAGAAAAUUUCUGUCACUGAGGACCGACACACCCUCGAGGAGCUUUCAGAAAAAUUAAGCACCUUGUUGAAAGACCUCACGCCUCCGACCAGCAGUGAGGACGAGAUGCCGCUUCAUCUGGAAGCACAGAGGGUCAGAGUUUCAUCAGUCAUUCAGUCACAGAGGUGCAUCGGAAGCCCUAAAUCCAGGUACGCAGGCAGAGUGGGUGCUCAUGCAGAAAGCAUGUGGGAGGCCCACACAGUGCCUGGACCUAUUUAUACAGUUCAGUUCCUGUAAUUCAAAGCACUGUGACAUCAAAUCAAGUUUAUUGUCAUUUUGCUGUACAUACACAGUAGUACAGACAAGAU